GUUGAUUGUGGAUUAAACAAAAUAAUAUACAAAUCAGCGGUUGAGCAUAUAAGGGUGAAAAUUAGAGUUUACUAUUGGGGGUGUACCUCUUUUAGUUAACAUUUAGGUGUAUUAGGCAUAAGAUGUUGGCAGAUUCUCAGACCUAGCCGAUAAGCACACCAAAUUUCAUCAAAAUCCAGCCGUUUCAAAGGACACCGUGACUCGAGAAUUUUAUAUAGUAUAUUCAACAGGAAUCCCAAUUUUAUUUGAGGUGGAAUAAAAUCGUAUAACUAACAAACAUAUGAUAUGAACAUAUAUUUACGAAAUGCAACGGCAAAAUUGUCGAAAAAUUCGACAGUUUUGAUUUCAACUUUCCGUUUCAAAGCGGGAGAUUCUUCAGCAUCGGAAGGGUCGAGACAACCUCAGGGGACUAAACCAACGCCUCUAAAGGCAGUCCCACCAGCAGUUCCUCCUGGUGUUCCACCGCCUCAAACUAAGAAGACCUUUGGUUCUCUCUCGGAUCACGAUAGAAUUUUUACAAAUCUUUAUGGUCGGCAUGAUUGGCGAUUACAAAGUGCACUGAAGCAAGGAGAUUGGUAUAAGACUCAAGAUAUAUUAUUAAAGGGCUCAGAAUGGAUAAUAAAUGAAAUAAAAUCAUCUGGUUUGAGAGGCCGUGGUGGUGCAGGCUUUGCCACAGGUCUUAAAUGGUCUUUUAUGAAUAAACCCCCUGAUGGUCGGCCUAAGUUUCUUGUAGUUAACGCAGACGAGGGUGAGCCAGGCACUUGUAAAGAUCGUGAGAUUUUACGACAUAGUCCUCACAAACUCGUGGAAGGCUGUCUUUUAGCUGGGCGAGCAAUAGGUGCCCGAGCAGCUUUCAUUUAUAUUCGCGGUGAAUUCUAUAAUGAGGCAUGUAACACGCAAACAGCCAUUGCUGAGGCUUAUAAUGCCGGUUUUCUGGGUAAAAACGUCUGUGGAUCCGGAUUCGACUUUGACGUUUAUAUGCAUCGCGGAGCCGGUGCAUAUAUAUGUGGUGAGGAAACUGCUUUGAUUGAGUCUUUGGAAGGAAAAGCUGGUAAACCACGUUUAAAGCCUCCAUUCCCUGCAGAUGUGGGUGUAUUUGGUUGUCCUACAACUGUUAAUAACGUAGAAACUAUAUCCGUAGCGCCUACCAUUUUACGAAGAGGAGCCAAUUGGUUUGCUAGCUUUGGUCGAACUCGCAACUCUGGUACGAAACUUUUUACUAUUUCUGGUCAUGUUAAUAAACCUUGCAGUAUCGAAGAAGAGUUAUCUAUGCCACUUAGGGAGAUCAUUGACCGUCAUGCUGGAGGAGUGCGUGGCGGAUGGGAUAAUUUGUUAGCUAUUAUUCCAGGAGGUUCUUCUACCCCAAUGAUCCCAAAGAAAGUUGUGGAAACCGUUAUAAUGGAUUUUGAUGGUCUUUUGGCUGCACAAACAUCUUUAGGGACAGCGGCAAUUAUUGUAAUAGAUAAAUCUACGGAUGUCGUAAAAGCAAUAGCACGACUCUCAACGUUUUACAAGCAUGAGAGCUGUGGUCAGUGCACUCCUUGCCGAGAAGGUUUGGCUUGGAUAAACAAAAUCAUGCAACGCUUUGUUACGGGUAAAGCUAAAAUGGAGGAAAUUAAUAUGAUAUUGGAGGUAACCAAGCAAAUUGAAGGACACACCAUAUGCGCUUUAGCCGAUGGAGCCGUUUGGCCUGUACAGGGUCUUAUGCGUCACUUUAGGCCGGAAGUUAAAGCUCGAAUAAAACAGUUUGAACAGAUAACAAAGAGGAAGCAUUCUGCUGGAGGAUGUGCUUAAUGAAGAUUCUUUAACAAAUUUUUUUAAAGCUCACUUUUUUGUAUAUCACAGCUAUGAAUAUAGUUUAAUAAUCAUCUUAUUUUUCCUUCAUAAAAAAAUUAAACGCUUUUUCGCUAUGUACCCUCAGAACGUCGUGAAAAUUUGCACAGUUAUUGGCUUUUGCCUGCAAAAGGUCCUAACGAAGGCCUAUUGAAGUAAAACUUCUAAUGGGAGUUCGGAAAAUGUUGCGUUAAACGAUUAUCGCGCAGUGGUUAGAGUGUAUGAUGCAUCCGCUAGUAAGUAAAGAGAAAGAAAAAGAGAGAGCUACGCAGCAAGUGUUGAUGGCUUAGUGAGUGACGCAUCACAUACAUACGUACCAUCAAUGAAUCGUUCAAAAUGUGAGUUAUAUUAAUGAAACUAAGACAUCACCUUUUUCGAGUCGUAGAAUGGCUUGGUAUCAAAAAUGUAUAAAAUCAGUUUAAGAUUAACCCUAGCUCCCAAUUACUUACCACAAGAAUUUUAAACAUCCGGUUAAUUGACUUUCCUGCUUAUUUGAAUAAACUGAUCGGUCAAAAAUAUAUUGCAUACAACAUAUGUGUAAAUUUUCCCGAUUAAUUGAACCCGGUUAAUUGGUUUCCUCACACAAUUGGUUAAAAAUAUGUGUUAUUGAAAAAAAGAUACCUUUAAUUUCCCCCGGUUAAUUGCCGCCGGUCUGGCAUUGCCGCACAUACAAAAACAUGCCUCGUCCACAAAACGCCAUGAAAAGCUGUAAAGUGCCAUAACUAAGAACUAAAUAAAGAUAUUAAACUGUAAUUUGGCAAAGGGGAUCGCUAUAGAAGGGGACACCCUCCUUUGUUCAAGCCUUUAGAUACCGAAUAUGUGGACCCCAGUGUCUAUAGUUGAUUUUAUUUUAAGUCUCUUUGGUCGAAUUGAUAUCACAUAAUCGUAC